GCUCCGCAUGUGUCUGUCUCUUUUUAGAUUUCCCUAAGACAGCCCACCUCUUCACGCCCCCCUCUCUUCUUUUUUUCUCCUCCUCUGCGCUCUGUUUUUUUUCUACCUUCCUCGAGGAAUUCUUUAUUUCUUUAUGUCUUGUGUGGCGCGUGCGUUGGAUGAUGUGCCCCCUCCUCCUUCCUCUUUUCUCCUCCUCUCUCUUUGCCGCUUUCACAGCCUAGUUUUCUUUUUUUCUCAAUCUUGUGUGCAGGUUGUAUCUGACAGAGAGAGGACCACCUCCACGCUCCAGCCCCGCUCCAACCCACUGGUUUGUUAGUAUCAACAGUGAGUGAAUCACCCAGCUUUGGCCCGUCCGGCGUUACCUGUACAUGGAGACCCCCAGCUGGGCAGGAAACACAUUGUGUAAAUCAGGAAGCAUUGCUGUCUUCGGGAACGUGGUGUACAGCGGGCUGCUCAACGAGCACCUCUGGCAUUUAGGAGUUCCCCUCUUCACGAGACUGGGUAACCAAGAGGCCACCAACCCCCCAGAAGCCAUGGCCCAGCCGUACACGCCUGCCCAGUACCCGCCUCCCCCACAGAAUGGCAUCCCGGCCGAGUUUGCGGCACCCCACCCCCUCCCCACGCAGGACUACACCGGGCAGAACAGGGUGCCCGAGCAUGCCAUGACCCUCUACACCCCCACACAGACGCACAGUGAGCCGCCGGGCACCGACAACAACACGCCCGCCAUCACCGCCAACACAACUGUACCGACAGAUGACGUGACGCAAUCAGAGGUCUCCCUGCAGCUCCAGCUGCAGCUCUCGGACUCCUCGGAGAAGCAGCAGCCCAAGAGGUUACAUGUUUCCAACAUCCCCUUCCGCUUCCGUGACCCUGACCUGCGGCAAAUGUUUGGGCAAUUUGGAAAGAUUCUAGAUGUGGAGAUUAUCUUUAAUGAGCGAGGAUCCAAGGGCUUUGGGUUUGUAACUUUUGAAACGAGCACAGAUGCCGACCGUGCGCGGGAGAAACUAAACGGUACAAUCGUAGAGGGACGCAAAAUAGAGGUGAAUAAUGCAACAGCAAGAGUGAUGACAAACAAAAAAGUUGCCAACCCGUACACAAAUGGCUGGAAGCUGAACCCUGUGGUGGGUGCUGUCUAUGGUCCUGAACUGUAUGCUGUAACAGGUUUCCCUUACCCGGCCACAGGGGCUACGGUGGCCUAUAGGGGUGCCCACUUGCGAGGCCGGGGGCGGGCUGUGUACAACACCUUCCGCACAGCACCUCCACCACCACCUAUUCCAGCCUAUGGAGCAGUGGUGUACCAGGAUGGCUUCUACGGAGCAGAAAUCUAUGGGGGCUACGCUGCGUACCGAUACGCCCAGCCCACCACCGCUGCUGCCUACAGUGACAGCUAUGGCAGAGUCUAUGCAACAGCAGACCCCUACCACCACACAAUCGGCCCUGCCGCUACAUACAGUGUGGGGACCAUGUAAAUAACAAAGGCAACGCUGUGCUCAGUAUUGAUGGACAUCACAGAUGAAAACAACGAGAAGAGGAGAACUAGCUUUAAGAAACCAACAGGAGAAGAAGAGAAGGAGUCCCUCUACUGAGGCUGGUGAGGAAAGACCGGAGGCGUGCGUGUGGAGUGGUGCCGCGGCGGUGUCAAAAACAGCCACAAGCGCUACAGACGGAGGGAGCCAGUUUCCACCAGGGACCACCUUUGCCGGAUAGAAGAGAAAGACAACGAGAGAAAAAAGAGAGAAAGCAUCCUGUUAUUAUUAUAACACAUUUUAUUUUUCUAUACUUUUGUGAUUUACAGCUUGUGAUUUACAAGUAAAAAGUGUAUAAAACAGUAUAUAUGUACAAAUAUGUUUUUAUGUUUUUGGUAAGGAAGACGAACAGUUGGCCCUCGAUGCUGAUUCUGUGGUGGAGAGGGAGAGUCCUGCUCUUCUCUCUGGCACACCACUCCUGUCACUGACAGACAAGAGGAGGUGAUAUAUAUAUAUAUAUAUAUAUAUAUAUAUAUAUAUAUAUAUACAUACAGUAAUGUUACAGUGGCAGGCUAGGAGGGUUCAGCAUCCGGGCAAAAGCAUUGUAUUACAGGUCCACUUUCUGUGGGUCGGAGUCAAAGGUUAACUUCCAGCUGGAGGUCUCUAUGGUUACACUUCCUGUGUGCGGUCUUUUCGUGGUCUCACUGAUCCGCUUCCUUCCUUGCGCUGGUGCCACUGUUCCACUGUUCCACUUCCUGUUGCAGUGUCACUGGCCAACUUCCUAUGGGUAGUCACUGCUGUUCUCUACUUCCCUGUGGAUACUGUCGUCAUGACUCCACUUCCUCCUGGCAGCACCACUGGUCCACUCUCCAUGGGAAGUACUGUCACUGGUCUACUUCCCUGUGGAUACUGUCGUCAUGACUCCACUUCCUCCUAGCAGCACCACUGGUCCACUCUCCAUGGGCAGUACUGUCACUGGUCUACUUCCCUGUGGAUACUGUCGUCAUGACUCCACUUCCUCCUAGCAGCACCACUGGUCCACUCUCCAUGGGCAGUACUGUCACUGGUCUACUUGUCUGUGGAUACUGUCGUCAUGACUCCACUUCCUCCUGGCAGCACCACUGGUCCACUCUCCAUGGGCAGUACUGUCACUGGUCUACUUGUCUGUGGGUACUGUCGUCAUGACUCCACUUCCUCCUGGCAGCACAGCACCACUGGUCCACUCUCCAUGGGCAGUACUGUCACUGGUCUACUUGUCUGUGGGUACUGUCGUCAUGACUCCACUUCCUCCUGGCAGCACAGCACCACUGGUCCACUCUCCAUGGGCAGUACUGUCACUGGUCUACUUGUCUGUGGGUAAGCCAGUAGAGAAAUGAGAUAAGUUCCUCCCCCAGCUCCCUUUCCUCUCCAAGCCCCAGCAGAGGUCUCUGAUUCACGACGAGAGAAAGAGAGUUUGAUGCGUUAGUCCCUGACUUUCCUCUCCUGCCAGGGUCAAAGCCCAAGCCUUUGUGUCUCUAUCUGCACCAGUGGACAAAGUAUCUCAAACAGACAGACCAACAAGCCAGGGUGCAUUUAACUAACGACGCACGUUUCCAGAGAAGAGAAAUAUUCAUCAAUGUCCAUGUAACAAUUGAAUUAUAAUCGAAUAAUCUAAUUGUAAUACAUCAGCAGGUGCAUAACCAAAACACAAGCCUAAGGCAUAUGGACGAUGUCGCUUGAUAAACAUUAUAGAACUAGUGCCCAUCCAAUGGUAAUAAAGGAAUGAGGGCUGAAACAUGUCAAUUACAAUGUUGUUUUGUCAAUGUAUUCUGAGAAUAUUUAUUUGUGUGAUUUGCAGCACUGAAAACUUUUAAAGAAGAAAAAAACGUUUUAAUUUGUUGAAGCAACCUUACUUUAUAUCAGGAGAGUCACUGUAAACAUGUGUUUAAACAAGAAUGUUGGUUCAGUUCUUGAAUGUAUUUUAAUGUCUAGGGUUUCCAACAAGUAUGUAUUCUUUUUCUGUAUAUAAAUAUAUAUAUAUAUACAUAUAUAUAUAUAUACAUAUCUAUUAUAUGGGCUGUGGUGGUGUCAGGGAGUAGAGGGGGUAGAUAAGGGGAACCCUCCUACAAGCUAUACCCCUGAUAUACUGUAACAUGUGAUCAUGUGUUAUAUGACUGAAAGCGUGAUGGUGAUUGUGUGAACUGAUCUUCCCCUCCCCCUGCACUUAAAGAGAUUGGACAGGAUCUUAAGCACUUACAAAUUCGUAACAUGCUGUAUGAAUUAGAUUUCGUAACAUAUCAUGCACAUUCUUUUUGCAAGACAAAAUGGAUGACGUUGUACACAAUUGUGCACAGUUUUCGGGGACCGAAAAACUACUGGCUGAAAUUAUAUGAAACCUUCAUAAUGCAUCUUUAAACAAAGACACAUGAACACACACUCAAAUACAGAGAAUCACAGACACAUGUUUUGGCCUAGAAAUAUGCUACAGAACUGCUUAACAACUUGCUGAUUGCCAACAGAUAGCUAGUGCUCCAGAGAGUCAUUCACAACUACUCUGGCCCUAAAGGGCCCCAACUACUCCGGCCCUGCAGGGCCCCAACUACUCCGGCCCUGCAGGGCCCCAACUACUCCGACCCUGCAGGGCCCCAACUACUCUGGCCCUGCAGGGCCCCAACUACUCUGGCCCUGCAGGGCCCCAACUACUCCGGCCCUGCAGGGCCCCAACUACUCUGGCCCUGCAGGGCCCCAACUACUCUGGCCCUACAGGGCCCCAACUACUCCGGACCUGCAGGGCCCCAACUACUCCGACCCUGCAGGGCCCCAACUACUCUGACCCUGCAGGGCCCCAACUACUCUGGCCCUGCAGGGCCCCAACUACUCUGGCCCUGCAGGGCCCCAACUACUUUCUCUUAGCUAUAUUACAGACACCCUUAUGGAAAUAACAUGUAUAUUCAUCAUCACACUAAGUAACAGGUACUGUUGAGGAAGGCAAUGAUCAUAAGCAGGUUUAGUGUAUAGAUGUAGAUUUGAAUGUGAGAGUCACAUAGUGUAUGUGGCUAACUAACUCCCAGUCAGUUUCAGGUGAAAUGUGAGUGUGAAGAAACAGCAGGUAGGAUGUCAGGCAGGCAGGCAGGCAGUAGGCCGCCCUCCUGAUCUCUGUGUAGACUGCAAGUACCAGACCUUAUCUUCCUGAGCCCUGAGCACAAUGGCUUGAGCUGUGACAUGAGCAGGAUAUCCCUCUGAGAGAGAGUUACUACUGUACCACCCCCUCCCGUUCUACUGUGUGAGUCUACCGUCCCUUUUGUAUUCCUGAACCUACUGUACAUAAUAUCCCCCCUCCCCUCUGACUCCCAAAAUCUUGUAUUUUGUUCUAUAAUGACACAUUUAUUUAUAAGGAUUUUUUAAAUAUAUCUCUUUCUCCUUUUUGUAAAUGUUCCAGUUAAAUAAAGUAAAAAAAUGUUUAAAAAUUCAAUGGAUAUAUUGAAAGGUAAAAGUCUCUAAAAGUCCCCUCUCCUCUGGCUCUGUGUUCUAAACUUUGUGUUCUUUAUUUCUCUUUCUGUAUGCUUCUCUUAUGUGCUUCAGAUUAAGAGUUCUAUUUAUUAUGACAUUAACGUUAUUAUAAUUAUGACUAAUUAUUAAUAUUAUCAUCAUCCUCAUCAUCAUCAUUAUUAUCAUGAAUAAACUUGUCUACUUCAACCAAAA